CGGCUCAUGUUUUCUUUCAUUCCGUCCGCUGCGUUUCUCCAGGUCAAUUUCCGUUUAUUCAUCGGUUCCUUAGGUUUCCUCGGUGGCAAUUGAUAUUCCAUACUCGUUCUAUAAUACAUGACGUGUUGAACCUUGAAAGAAAGAACUUUCCCACAUACACGACAUUCACGACCACUAGAUCUGCGUUCUUCAAUCAAGACAGAUAGCAACAUACCUUGACCGUCAACAUGGCGCCCUCCGCGACAACUCAACCACUCGUUCAUGCGAGUGGCUCGAACCAACCGACCAAGGACGUAUCCCAGUUCCAUUCCUCAUCCACCGAAAACGCCUUUGCCGCCGAAGCACAAUAUGCCGCCCACAACUACCACCCCCUGCCUAUCGUCUUCGCCAAAGCCAGUGGCUGUUCAGUCUGGGACCCCGAAGGCAACCACUACCUCGAUUUCCUCUCCGCAUACAGCGCCGUCAACCAAGGGCAUUGCCAUCCCGAGCUGGUGAAGACGCUGACGGAGCAGGCGUCGCGGCUGACGCUCAGCAGCCGCGCGUUCUAUAACGACGUGUUCCCGAAGUUCGCGGAAUUCGUGACGAAAUUUUUCGGGUACGAGAUGGUGCUGCCGAUGAACACUGGAGCGGAAGCGGUGGAAACCGUAGUAAAGAUUGCGAGGAAAUGGGGUUAUAAGAGCAAGAAGAUUGAGGCGGGACAGGCUAUCGUUUUCAGUGUGGAGAACAACUUCCACGGUCGGACGUUCGCGGCAAUUACCAUGUCAACAGAUCCGGAGUCGAGGGAGAACUAUGGGCCAUAUAUUCCGAACCUAGGAUGCAUCAACCCCAAAACCGGCAAGCCGAUUCGAUUCGGUAAUGUCGACGACGUUCGAGAAGCAUUCGAAGCGCAUGGGAAAGACAUCGCAGGAUUCCUAGUCGAACCAAUCCAAGGCGAAGCAGGCAUCGUCGUCCCGGAUGACAGCUACCUGCGAGAGAUCCGAAAGCUCUGUGACAAGCACAACGUGCUAAUGAUUUGCGACGAGAUCCAGACUGGUAUCGCAAGAACGGGUAAACUCCUGUGUUGCGAGUGGAGUGGCGUCAAGCCAGACCUUGUGCUGCUCGGCAAGGCCAUAUCUGGAGGCAUGUAUCCAGUGUCCUGCGUCCUUGGCUCUAAGGAAGUAAUGCUCACGGUCGAACCUGGAACACACGGUUCGACUUAUGGUGGGAAUCCACUUGGAUCAGCGAUCGCGAUCCGCGCAUUGCAGCUCGUCAAGGAGGAGAGGCUCGUUGAGCGAGCGCAAGAACUCGGCGAGAAGUUUCGUCAGGGCCUCGCUGCCAUGAAUAGCCCCUUAAUCACGACUAUCCGUGGGAAGGGGUUGUUGAAUGCUAUUGUUAUCGAUGAGUCGAAGGCAAAUGGACAUACCGCAUGGGAUUUAUGCAUGCUGUUCAAGGAGAAAGGGUUGCUUGCAAAACCAACCCACCAGAAUAUCAUCCGCCUGGCGCCACCCUUGGUGAUCACGGAGGAAGAAAUUGCCACAACACUGGAUAUCAUCCGCGCGGCGCUUAUCGAACUGCCAAAGACACCGGCCAAUAAUCAUGCCGAUGGACACUAAGAUAGAGUUGGUCAAGGUAAUAACAGGAGCGACGCCCGUCUUGGAGAGUUGGAACUUGGAAGAGCAUAAACACUCAAUAUGCCAGAUUGCCCAGUCUCGACUCUUUCGAGUGCUGAGGCAAAUCUACCUAUUGUUAGUGGAGAAAUUAAGGGUGAGAUGAUGAGCAGUAGUGAAGCACCAGGAAUGCAACUUUCACAACGUUAAGGUUGAUGCAUCCACUCUCUCCAACACUUGCUUGUAUGACGAACACGCCGUCCCACGAAA